AUGUUUCAACAACAGAGUGCCCAUAAUUCAAGCUUUAUUCAGAACAACUCAUUAGUUGUGAUGGACCCCACAAAUGGAAAUAAUGCUACCAGCAAAAGCCCAAAUUUGGCCUCAAAGCAGAGACUGCGAUGGACACAUGAUCUUCACGAACGAUUUGUUAAUGCAGUCGCACAACUUGGUGGUCCAGAUCGUGCUACACCCAAAGGCGUCCUCAGAGUAAUGGGUGUUCAAGGUUUAACAAUAUACCACGUCAAAAGCCACCUACAGAAAUAUAGGCUUGCAAAAUACCUUCCCGACUCCUCGUCUGAUGGGAAAAAGACCGACAAGAAGGAUUCUAGUGACAUUCUAUCAAACAUUGAUGGCUCGUCGGGAAUGCAAAUUACUGAAGCACUUAAGCUGCAGAUGGAGGUCCAGAAGCGACUGCAUGAACAAUUGGAGGUACAGAGACAACUGCAGUUACGGAUUGAAGCCCAAGGCAAGUACUUGAAGAAGAUAAUCGAAGAGCAACAAAAACUUAGUGGGGUUCUUUCAGGAGCUCCAGCUGCCUCUGCCUUUACAGCUCCUGCUUCUGGUGAUAACUGCCCAGAAGUUGAUAAAAACGACCCCUCGACACCCGCGUCCACAUCCGAGUUUCCUCGCCAGGAGAAGGUAUCAAAGGAACGUGCCCAAGGCAAGAGUGUCUCUAUUGAUGAUUCUUUCUCGUCUCAUCACGAACCAUUGACGCCUGAUUCUGGUUGCCAUAGCUCCCCAAGUGAGAGUCCGAGGCCAGUGAAGAAGCAAAUACAGUCAAAGAUGAUACUUGCACAUCAGAUACUGGAGUCUAGUUUAAACUCCACUCACAAGGAAUGAGCUUCAUCUGGAAUAUCGAUAGGGGACGACGGCCAAUUAGACUAAACCAAGUUUUUUUAGUCCUAGUGUUCUUUGUUUACAAAUUAUCUUCCAUGGUUAACUCCGAGUAUAGUUUUGCUAGUCUUUACAUAUUUCGGUGUAUCAUAUCACAUCUCGGCACAUAAAUGUUCUCCUGAGUAGGACCAAUAUUUAGUGAACCAUGAUGGUUAUGUUAAUGAUCGAGGAAGGACCGAUGCUUAAUCUUAAAGAAUUGUUGGAGUUGAAUUCAAUAUUUGCAUGUGAUCAAUAUAAUCGACAAUCCCCUUUCAUUUGGCGA